AUGAUAACGCACGAUCGUGUCUCCGUAGUCACGUCAGACACGACGCGGCUCAUGCAAGACAUCACAGUUCAUCACACAAACUUAGACAACGAACCGGAACCGAAUGCGAGCGUACAAUCAAACGAAACAAACGAACGAUCUGACGACGAUUCGGCGCAACCUUCGACUGGAGUGACCGUUGUUAGCAAUUCAGACACUCUCUCCGCAGUCGUGUGCCUCGAGGACGGGCUUGCGGACGACGAUUCUUGGAUCGAGGACGCCAGUCAUGACGACGAUGUCACCUCUCAAUACGACACCGACUCGGGAGAUGAAGCGACCCUGCCCAAUCGGUCGGAGGACUUCACAUAUUGUAGGCGUUCCCUAGACUUUACAUUGCACACGAUCGUCGAAGAAAGUUGUGAAGAAAGCGAGACGGAACCGACGACUAAGAAGCCGCGUCCUUUAUCAGCUACGGAACUCGAAAAAUAUUAUUACUACAGUUUAGCCGAUGGAAAAAAUAUUCGCGAAGAAGAUGACCACCAUGUCUCCGACACCUCUAGUGUGUGCAGUGAGGGUGGAGAGUCGAUCGUUGACAGUGAACAGCCGAGAAAAAGUGGUGAUAGUGAUGAGCUUGUGACGUCCAGGUUAGAGAAAUAUUUUUUAGUCGGAUUUAUGGGUUUCAAUCAGGAGCGGAGAGACUCGGACGGCUCGGGAAGUGUCGGUAGUGAUAGUGAAGGGAAGCAGAGCCCGGAACACAGGCGAAAACGCCUCGUCAGAGCUAGGGGCACGCCACGGUCGCAUUCUUCAUCCCUCGAUAACUUAUUAGCUGGCGAGGAACCUUCUCAAGAAAACCAGGAAGCUUCUGAUGGUUCGAGCACAGGGACUGAAGACGGGCACGAGUCACUCGAACGGUUAGAUUUGUCGGGGGGAAGCGAAACGUAA